AUGGUUAUCGACUAUAGACGUUUGAACGAAAUCACAAUAGAUGACAAGUAUCCUUUGCCUAACAUAUCGGAACUUUUUGAUAAAUUAGGUAAAUCACAGUACUUUACCACAAUUGAUUUAGCAAGUGGUUACCAUCAAAUUGAAGUCCAAAAGGAAGAUCAGCACAAAACAGCGUUUACUACACAAUCAGGUCACUAUGAAUUCAAAAGAAUGCCGUUUGGCUUAAAAACAGCACCGGCAACGUUCCAAAGAGCAAUGGAUAACGUUUUACGCGGCCUACAAGGAUUACACUGCAUGGUAUACUUAGAUGACAUAAUUGUAUACUCAGCUAGUUUACAAGAACAUAUAGUAAAACUUAAGAAAAUUUUUGAACGUUUACGUGAGACUAAUUUAAAGGUUACACUAGACAAAAGCGAAUUUCUCCGAAAAGAGGUUCUAUACUUAGGACACACCAUAUCUAAAGAAGGCCUUAUGCCAAACAAUGAUAAAAUUAAAGCAGUUUUAGAAUUCCCGAUUCCACGUACAUCAACUGAAAUAAAGAGUUUCUUAGGCCUCGUUGGUUACUAUCGAAAAUUCAUUAGAGAUUUCUCUAAAAUAACACAGCCAUUGACAUCUUGUUUAAAAAAAAAGAAUAAAAUUGACAUCACCAAACCCGAAUACAUAGAAGCCUUUGAAAAGUGCAAGGAACUUUUAGUUAACGCGCCUAUUUUACAAUUUCCGGAUUUCAGUAAACCAUUUGUCCUUACAACAGACGCAUCCAAUGUCGCAUUAGGUGCAGUACUUUCCCAAGGUCAAAUUGGUAGCGACAAACCCAUCGCUUUCGCAAGUCGUACGCUGAACGAAGCAGAGACACGCUACAGCACAAUAGAAAGAGAGUUGUUGGCCAUCGUCUGGGCGACAAAAUAUUUCCGGCCUUAUUUAUAUGGACGUAAAUUCACGAUAUACACCGAUCACAGGCCGUUAACCUGGCUUAACUCAAUAAAGGAACCGAAUACCAAAUUAACACGUUGGAAAUUACGUUUAGCCGAAUUUGACUAUGAUAUUGUAUUUAAAAAUGGGAAGCAAAAUUCAAACGCAGACGCAUUAUCCAGAAUUAGGAUCAACGCUUUGGGCAAUGAUGAUAUCUCGCUAAAGGUAAACGUGGACAUAAAUGAACGAAAUCUUCAAGGUCACAUUGACAAUCUAACAGAAGAGAUAACCCGCUUAGCUAGAAACCAACAUCAAGAAAACCCUCCAACACCUAUGGAAGUAUCUCCAGCUUCUGAACGAACACUCAGUGUGGAAUCAUUAGGGUCUAGCACCAUUACUGCAUCUGAAAUAAUGAGCACAAUCCAUUCCGCGGAGGAUAUAGAUACAGAUGGUAUAUGUAUUCUGCAAGAAGCUAUAGACACAAAGCCAAAUCAAGUACUUGUAUUUCCCUGGAAUAGGAAAGAAAUAUUAGUUAAAAAUUUAUCUAGGCCGAAACAAAAAAUAUUAGAGGUACACUUACCUGUGAAUAAUAUAGACUUAAUUAAAAACUUUUUAAAAGAAUACACAAAACCUAAUAUAAAAUAUUUCUUUUACUUUGAAGAUGAACAGCACCGUAAGGAAUUUGCGGCGGUUACAAUAUCACUUUUUAAAAAAGGCACUGUUAAAUUUUAUGAAUGCACAAAACGAGUCAUUUACGUAGAUAAUGAAGAGGAACAGCGAGAUAUAAUUAUCAAAUAUCAUGAUGGGAAAAAUAGUCACCGUGGUAUUAAAGAGACUUUAAUUCAUUUAAAAAGAACCUAUUUCUGGAACAACAUGGAACAAACUGUUGCGAGUGUAGUUAACGCUUGUGAAACUUGUAAAAAGAUGAAGUACGAUAGGAGACCUCUAAAACCUGAAUUGCAAUUGACACAAACACAAGAUAGACCGUUUCAGGAGUUAUUUAUCGAUACAUUUUCAAUAGAAGGACAAUAUUACCUCACUAUAGUAGAUGGUUUUAGUAAAUUAGGACAGGCAUUUUUAAUAAGUUCACGCUCAACUCCCGAAGUAGUUAGGGCUUUAAUAAAAUAUUUUUCUUUAUACGGCGUACCUGGACGAAUUAGUGCGGAUCCCGGAGCCGAGUUUAAUAAUGCAUUAUUAAGAGAUCUUCUAUCAUUUUACAAAAUAAAUCUUCACAUUAGUACUCCACAUAACCCCAACUCAAUGGGGAUAGUCGAAAGAUUUCAUUCCACCAUCAUCGAAAUAUAUAGAAUAGCUAAAUACGAACGGAAGAUAACUGAUGCGACGGAUGUAAUGACUUAUGCGAUUAUGUCUUAUAAUCAUUCAAUCCAUUCUACUACAGGCUUAACACCCUUUGAAGUCGUAUUUGGCCAUACCGAGUCUAAUCAUAUAUUUUCUGUAGAUUUUAAUAAAAUGUAUACACAACAAUUAGUUAAGGAACAUGCUCGAAAAACUAAAUUCUUAUAUCAAUAUUUAACCGAUAAAAUCAUACAUCAAAAACAGCAUUUAAUCGAGAAACAUGGCGGUGAAAAAGAGUUAGAAAUAGACAUAGGCGAUACCGUGUUUAUAAAGGGAGUUAACACGCGACGUAGUAAGGAUAAGGCACGUUAUCAAAAAGCCCGAGUAUUGGGUCCGAUUCAUAGAAACGUUGUUCCAGUGAUAACUCAGAAACGAAAAACUAAGGUACAUACUAAAGAUUUAAAACGCCCUUCACGGGUUGUUACUCCUGCUGGUACAUCUGACCCCAAGCCAGGCCCUUCAACUGCAAAAGAUUAA